AUGGAUGUUAGUAUAACCAAGUCAGUGGUUACUCAAAUUAACAGAGGGAAAACACGAAAGCUUAACAUUGAUAAGUGGAAGCAGAAUAUUAGAAAAGUCGCGGUGCGUGUUUGUAAAUGUAAACAGUCUGCUAAGAAUUGUUCUGCUGAGUUAUUAGUGGGCAAUCACGCAAAACUAUUCAAAACGUUUAGAGAACUGAGUUACAAUGGCCAAUCAAAAUUUUUAUCUCAGUCUGUUUCGCUGCAAGAGCCAAAAAGAAGAAAGUUUGGGGAAGCAACAUCUCGUCGUCGGUGUACAGUGAAAUAUACAGUAGAAAACAUAAGGAUGAGUAGAAAGAUAUUGACGCAGAAAGAUCUAGAGGAGGAGGCGGCAGCCAUUUUUGCCAGAGAUACUGAAUCAGAAGUCGAUCCUUUUGAGACUAGUGGUUCCGAUAAUGAAGACUACAAACCAUCAGGAUGUGAAGAAGACGUAGAACGCGAGCAUCACCAAAUAGAUUCAGGUUCCGAGGGCAAUAAGAUGGAUGAAAAGAAUCAGAUGAUAAGUGACGAAGGCGAAAAAGAAAGCAGUAGUAACGAAAAUGCCGAAGAAGGCGAAACUACAAUCAUCUGCUGUCAGUUUUUGGCACUAGUAUCUUCAAAUAGUAUGCAGGAUCCAAUUACGAUGACAUCUGAUGGAUGGAGGCCGAUUGUGGGUAGCAGAAGACAACCACCUGGCUUCGAGACGGAUAUGCGGCUGUCUCAAUAUAAAAGUCCCAGGCAAAAUACAGAAACCGAAAUUAUUAAAUCUGAAAGUCCGAUUACGAUUACAACGCCAGAAUCUGAACAACACGAAGAAAUUGAAAGUUCAACAAAAGCUUUAAGCAACUUGAAUGCAGGACCGGCGCAGGCACAGACUACUGGUAGUAAUAAGAUUGCACCACACAGCAAAUUCAACUCACCAAAAUAUCAAACCAUUCCUCCUAACGCAGUGUCUUUAGGACGACCUUCACAAUAUGGUUUUAGGAAACAUCCAAUGCCUGCAAAACCAAUAAAGACGGUAACACACAUUGUACCCGCUCCAAAAAGAAAAACUCCUCCUAGAGGGCCGAUGGGGUCUCAUAGUACAAGAAACGAAGUUUACAUACAUCCUACAGGUUCAUUAAAUUAUCCCUAUAUUAAACAAGGACCCAGCAACGUAAGAACACGAGAAACACAAGGUCUUGGUGUAUUCGGAACACAAAAUCAUUUUACUGUUAAUCAGCCAAACUCUCACGUGGAAAUAAACCGUUUUCCGUCAUUAAGCGAUAAUGUUUUCGAACAAUAUAAAAGCCCUGGUGUUUCUUUUAUUAUUCCAAAAGGGAAAAACGGGCAAGAUGAAUAUAGCAGAAAUUUGGUACCACCACCACCCUCUAGAAAUUUAGCAGUAGAGAAGGAAAAGUUGAAGAAUGCAAAGAUUCCUAAGUUUAAGGAUAGUACGGCAGCAGUAUCCGAACCUGUAUUGGAGUUUCACGAAAAUUAUGCUGUGAAGCCACAAAUACAAGACAAUUUAGUACACGCACCAGUAGUAAACUACGACCAGACUUUUGGUUUACAAAAGCCAUUUAAAAUUAAACAUCCUGCUGCAAUCGAUGUUGAAGUUACCAAAGAAAAUUUGAAAGUGUAUCAUAAUAUUUUACCAAAUAGAUUCAAGACAGGUAAAUGGCAAGAUAAUCCUAAUCCUUUCACAUUUAGCUAUCUUAAACCAGGAGAUCAACCAGGUGCUCACAGUCACAGACAUCAACAGCCAAUUGGACCUCAAAUAACAAACGAACCGAUCGUUGAACUUAAUCUUCCUCCUUUCCUCCCUACUCCUUACAGACCCGAUCCAGCUUAUCCCACCUCUCCAACCCAAAGCGAAGCUUCCACGGUAUUUUCACAAGUGAGCAAGAAAAUGAAUAAAUUUAAAAAUGCAGCACUGAAUAACAAUCCAUUAUUUUUUGAUAUUAAAGAAGUCUCGACGCAUUAUCCAAUUCUAGGAAGACCUGCAUUUGUACAAGAACAAACUGAGAGUCCCAUUAAUGAUAACGAAAUAGGAAACGAGGUGACUACUCAACGAGAAGAAAGCACUACAAAGAAAAGAAGAAGGAGACCUCAACCAAGGAGACCAACACCAUCCACUUCUACUACAACAACGACAGAAGAACCGCCAGCGACCGAAGCGUACAUGCCAGUAAAUGUAAACGAAGAACUGCCAGUGGAAACAGAAAAACCUCCUCCAAAACGUUUACGUACCAGACCUAAUAGAUAUAGAGUCCCUACGGGAAGUGGUGCCAUAAAUCAAGACAUUCAAGAGAAUCCCGUUCAAUAUAGAACCACUACACCUUCUAGUGAAAAUGAAGAAAAUAGUGGAGAAAAGAAAGUUAGAGGAAGAAAUCGGUAUAGGCAAAGAGGGAGCGGAAUUAAAGACCCUAGUGACGUAAGAAGUUCCGUAUAUCGUAAACGAACCAGACCAACAACAACAACCUCGAAACCAGCAAAUCACAAAAUGGUUAACUCAGAAUACAACGAACCAGCCGAAAACAAUGGAUUCAGAUCAAAAUACUUCUACCACUCUGAUUUAGAGACAACACCUAAACCUCAAAGAAUUGUUGACUACGAAGAAGCCAUCAUGAGCUACGAAGAUAAAAGCGAAGUUAGCUAUGAGAGUACGUCCAGUGACAACUUAAUUGAAGACAUUAGAUAUAAGGGAUUAAGAACUACGAUAACUCCUGAAGAAACUACUGUGUUAAAUAUUCGUAACCCAGAAAAUGAAAUCGAUGCUGUUACGGUUCCUCCACAAUAUCAGACUGAGGAAGAACAAAUAGUGGAUACAACAGUAGCUACGACGAUUCCUACAACUACCACAACGGAAGCGCAAACCACUACAAAAAUAAGCAGGAUUAAAACAAGGCCUACCAAUUUCAAAACAUCCAACAGGCCCAGGUUUAGUGUAAAGGAUUAUAGGCAGCGAUUAAAUCAAUUUACAACAAGUACACCAUCUACUACGACUGAUAUUGUGAAAACUACAUCGGAAGGUUCUAGAAUUAGAUUUCCGGCAAGGCUAAGAACAAGACCAACGCAUUCCUCUACAACAACUGCUCCUCCACCCGCAGAGGAAACCACUACGGAAGUAGUAAUACGUAGAAGAUUUAAACCUAAAGAUCCCAGACACUCAACAACAACAGAACUACCAAAUAUCAUUCCAGAGACUAACAUUAAGGCAGUAAAUACAAGGUUAAGACCAUUUGAUCGAUACAAAACAAGUACAGAAGCUAGUCCGAAGGCUAAAGUCUCAAUUAAACCAUCUAUUUACUUAAACAGAAGAAAGCCAUCUAUAAACAUGAGAACUAAGUUAAAUAAACCAGAAGAAUUACCUGUAAAAGAAAAGGAACCCGAAGAAAAACAAGAAGAGGAUAAGGAAGACUCUGAACUUACGACAGAAUACCAGUCUGUUAAAAUAAGUACUCCCAGCGAUGCGCAUCUAACAACACUUGAUGUCAACGAAGAUGACUAUUCGCAGAGAGUAUCUGAUUUAACCUCUUCGUUUAAGAGUGAAUACGAUACUCCUGGGUUAUUCAAAAACGUAGCUCCAGUCAGUAGGAGGGUACCCAACUAUUUUACCAUUUCGACAGAAGAUCCUAUUUUACCAAUUGAAGCGUUCUUCCCGGGCAUCAACGAGAAGGAUAAAGAUACUUGA